AUCGCGUCACUGGUGCGCGCCGCGGCUCCGGGCGCGAUGGCGGCGCUGGGCGGGGAUGGGCUGCGCCUGCUGUCGGUGUCGCGGCCGGAGCGGCAGCCCGAGUCAGCAGCUCUGGGCGGCCCGGGCCCUGGGCUGUGCUGCUGGGUGUCUGUGUUCUCCUGUCUUAGCCUCGCCUGCUCCUACGUGGGCAGCCUCUACGUCUGGAAGAGCGAGCUGCCCAGGGACCACCCUGCAGUCAUCAAGCGGCGUUUCACCAGUGUAUUGGUGGUGUCCAGCCUCUCGCCUCUGUGCGUGCUACUCUGGAGAGAACUCACAGGCAUCCAGCCAGGCACAUCCCUGCUCACCCUGAUGGGCUUCAGGCUGGAGGGUAUUUUCCCAGCAGCACUGCUACCCCUGCUGCUGACCAUGAUCCUUUUCCUGGGCCCACUGAUGCAGCUCUCUAUGGAUUGCCCAUGUGACCUGGCAGAUGGUUUGAAGGUUGUCUUAGCUCCUCGCUCCUGGGCCCGCUGCCUCACGGAUAUGCGUUGGUUGCGGAACCAAGUGAUUGCGCCCCUGACAGAAGAACUGGUGUUCCGGGCCUGUAUGCUGCCCAUGUUAGCACCAUGCACGGGCCUGGGCCCUGCCGUGUUCACCUGCCCACUCUUCUUUGGAGUUGCCCAUUUUCACCACAUUUUUGAGCAGCUUCGAUUCCGCCAGAGCAGUGUGGGGAGCAUCAUCUUGUCUGCAGCGUUCCAGUUCUCCUACACAGCUGUCUUCGGCGCCUACACUGCUUUCCUCUUCAUCCGCACAGAGGAACUCAGAACAAAGGCUGCAGCCCUGAGAACAGCAAGGACCCUGCCAAACAACACUGACACUCCCUGGGUGGCCUCAUCCUGGGCUUCCAGCUCCAGAGCCAAGACCCUAAAGCGGAAAUCCCUCCUGGGCACCUCUCCUUGUGUGGCCCUCACACAAGCUCAUCAAGUCCAAAGUCGGCUUCCCUCACCCAGUCCCCUCUGCCUUCUGCUGCACGCCUCACUGUGCACCCAGUUAUUAAACCUGCACUCCGUCACCCUCAACACCCACCCCUGUGUCACCAGGUCAAGAGAGACAGCUCUACCAUGGCCAUCUCUAGACUCUGUGACCCCUGGUCUCCAGGCCAUGCCUUCUGCCAGGUUUCCAAGUACUGGCUGCCUCCAGCCACACCAAACUUGCCUUGUGCUCUCAUGCCUCCACCCCUUUACACCUGCCCGGUAAGCUCUUCCUGGAAGUCUGAACUUGACGGCCUUCAUCUGUACCUCCCACCCUCACAACAGAGCUGGACCCUCCCCUUUAUAGUAGGCUUCUGUGGGAUCAGCUGUCGGAAAACACCUCUCUUGUCCUCAGCUUUUACUUGUCUCCAUCCUUCAAAUGCCUGGGACCAUUUUGAGGGCAGGGGUGCUGAGGUAUAUGUCCACAUGCUUUGUGCACAAGGGCCCUCAUUUCUGCUCAUUAAACUGCUGGGGAACAACAUGAAGCUGGAGCUGGGCAAGUCCAACCUAGGGGCCACCUGGGGCCUAGGAGCCAGCACUGAGAGAUGUCCCAGGACUGCCAGCCCAUGGGUGGAAUCCCCGUGUCCACGUGCCUGUGCCCACAUGGCGGUCACUUCAGAUAAAGCAUCUCUGUGUCAC